GAUGCUCUUCAGUUUGCUAUCCAGCUGGUGCAGAGCCAAAACUGAGGUACACAGUUUCCAUGGCAACUGAAGAAGGGCCAACAGGCCAGCAGCAGGAGGCAGACUCAGGGAUUGUGAGCUCUGCUUCUCUUCAAGGUGUAGCCUAGAAACUGGGAACAAGGCAAUAGACUCUGUCAACAGAGGUGGAGGGGGAAAGAUCUUCAUAAACAGUCAUCCCAUUUGUCACCGGGCAGGCUGGUUCAGCCAGUCAAUGAGUGCUCAGGUAGGUGAGCUAUAAAGGAUGGGAGGCUCUAGUCUGGACCCAGACGUGUCACCUUGAACAAGCAUUUUAACCCCUCUGAGUCUCCUUCAUAAGAGGGGAGGUUUGAUGAAAAGGUGUGUAGUGGAGGUGUGAAUGUGCAGCCAUUGUGGAAGUUAAAUACAGAAGCUGGCCAUGGCAGUGUAUGCUGUAACUGUAGCACUCAGGAAGCCAAGGCAGGGGAUUGCCAGCUCUAGGCCAAUCUGAGCUGUGUGUUGAGAUUCUAUAAAAAAAUCUGGACGUUUAAAGUUAUAGAUGCCUGUGGGCCCAAGAGAUGGGUGAGAUAGAGAACCGGGUUAUGGAAAAUCUCUGGCACCUCCGUGGUCAACUUUGGUAUCUUCCCUUGCCUCCAGCUACUUCUCCAAGGAAUUCCUGAGUCACUGGGCUUUCUCCAGAAUCUGCAUUUGCAAAAUGGGGCUGUACCCUUUGUUUUCCUUAGAGCACUAUGGGUGAGGAGUCCUGAGAACUCUUUUGCAAGGUGAGCCCUCUGGGUGCAUAUGGUACCUAGUUUUUUCUUUUCUUUCUUUUUUUCCUUUUUCUUUUGGACAAGGGAUACACAGAGGAACUCACAUCUGUAGAUCCACCUGCCUCUGCCUCCCAAAUGCUUGGAUACAGGGGUGGGCUGCCACCACCGCCCGGCAGCAUCAGUUUUCUACACAUAGCCUACUGAGAUCCAGCGCCUAAUCAUAGGAGCCACUAAAGGGGUUCAGACCCCUGGCCAGGAGGACCCAUAGCUGAAUUGACUCCUGACUCUAUCACCAACAGUGUGGGUGUGGACAAGUCACUCACUUUUCCACUUUGUCUGAUGUAAAUGUGAACAUGCACAUCUAACCUGGAGAGAAGUGGAUAAGGUGGACGCUGACAAAUAAGACCCUUCUCUUUCUGCUCCCCAGCCCUGCCUGAGAAAGAACAGGGCCCUAGAAAACACUAGAUGUAUGUAUGCUCUUUCUUGGAACCCUUAACAGCAAGCACUUCUGGCUCCCAGAAUCUGCCUCAAAAAUGCUGGGACCGACAGAUUAAGGCAAAAACAGGAUUUGAGCCCAAUGGAACAGAUCUUUCUUUAGGGUCAGGGAGUUUUCCUCAAAUCUUAUCCAUCAUUUUCUCUAGUAAAUCUGGACUGUACUGUCUGAAGAGGGUGAAUUCUCCAUUAAGAGAGAUGCUGCUUUGUCCAGUGUACAGGUUAAGAAACCGGCUCAUAGAAGUCAAGUAAUUGGAACCAAGACACAACCAGAGAGCUCAGGUCUAGGAUUUGAACUAGGGUCCUCUUACAGUGCCAGGCCAAGAAGCUUCAGAGAGCGCGUGGCUAGGCUCAAGUUAGGCGCGCGGUGGUGGGAACCUCGCGCCGAGUUUAAAGCCUGGCCCGUUCAUUUGCAUGUUAAUACCCAGAAUGCUUUUCCACAGACACAGCUUCAUUUAAUGGAAGCGCUCAGUUUGGAACCGUGUAAAGUUUGGAAUGUGUAUUUCGCUCCUCUUGCAACUGUGGGAACUUUGCGCCGGUACACGUGCCUUGCCUAGUCUCAGGCUCUGAGCCCCAAUGGCUCAGCGGCGGCCCUAGCAAGGCAACCCUCCUUGCUUGGAACCCUCCGUGUCCAACCCUCAUCUGGUAGCAUCCUCAGGCGGGUUAGGGACAAAGCGCUCAGGCCUGGCCGCAGGGUCCGCGGUCAGAGUGUCCGGCAUUUUGUUGGGCGGCGGGCGGCAGGCAUGCUUCUGGCUUGGGGAAGAUCGAGGGCACUUCUCGAUCCCUAGGUUCCCUACUUUCCCUCAAAACUGCUGGGACGUGCAGGAGCCGCUGGUUUUGUCCGUCUUGUCCAUCGCCAUCACUAGGUUGCUUCCUUGAGCAGGCGACUUUACUGCUCCCUGGGGCACAAAGCCCAAGGAGCGGUGGGUGGGGAAAACGACCUAUCUCCCUAGUUAUCCAGACAAACAGGCCAUUUGCCUCGGUCAGUACGAGGCGGGCAGAAGGUUCCGCCUGCGUCGGGCCGGGACCCCGCGUCCUUCUUAGGGCUGCAGAACGGGAGAAGGUCGCAGCCGACUUCUGGGGAUUUCGGCCAUCAAAGGAGAGCUAGGCAGGGUGCUGAUGCCCGCCCGACCUGAGGGGGUGAAAGUGCAAGAGGAAGUGCAGCCGCUGCCAUCUUUCCUCCGUUCCGAACGCACGGAGCCUGGGGCCGCAGCGCCGCCGCUCCGCCGCCACCCGUGCCUGGCCUGGGGAAGGGCCCACCCUGCCACUGCCACCCACUCGCUUCGGCCGCCGCCUUCGCCGGCCUCCAAGACCCGGCCUACACCACCGCUCCCGUGCGCGCCGACCGCCGACUUCGCCUUCGCCUUUUGUUUCCUUUGCUCCGGCGCCCCCGCCCCGGCUCGCGCUUUGCAGGGGACGCAGCGCGCGCCCCCAGCGGGCCCGGGAAAAGCCUCGAAGCGCGCGCUUGCGCUUGCGCGGCGGACCCCUCCUCCUUCCUGCGCGCGCGCGCCUUUUGGCUGCGCGCCGGCGCCGCCUGGCGGGCGGGAGGGGAGGUGGUGGCCGCGUUUUCAGGAGGGGCGCACCUCUUCGCUGGUUUACCCCCUGGAAGGUAGACCGAGAAAAGGAGCCGGGUAGGAGGAGAGCGAGUGCGG